UCAAAAUUUUCCCCCUCUCUCUCUCUCUCUCACGCACGCUCUCUCUCUCUCUCUCUCAUCGUCAUGGCUUCUCAAAGAGGUGGAGCGCGCGAUCUGUGGGCGGAGAUCUCGUCUCAAGAAGCAGCUGAAGAAGAUCGAGGAGCCGCUCCAAAGCCCCAGAUCGCUGUUGUCUACGGAAGGCGAAGAGUGGAGAGUGAAAACCCUAGAGAAGUUCAAAAAGAAAGAAGCCGGUCGAGUAGAGAGAACAGGGUGAGCUUUGCUCCGACUAAGAGGAUUAGCUGGAAGCGCUCUCUUUCCAUCAGAGGAAGGGAAAGUAUUGUUGUUGGACCAGGAUAUGAUGUUAGGCCUCAGCUUAAGCAAAAAGGAGCCCAGAAGAAACUGAAACAGAAGAAAGCUGGACAGCAACCUCCCGAUUUUAGAAAGGAGAAAGAUUACUUUGCAGAAGUCGACUCCUUUGAGCUCAUAGAGGAGAGUCCUUCCCCCAAUAACUUUUCCACUUGGGCAAUGGGCAGGAAACAUGAUUAUGUUAUUCAUGAUCUGCCUGCCAUUUUAGAGCGGUGGAGAAUUUCAAAGGUUGCAUACAGUAGACCCUCACAGCAGCUGUUUAAAAUUUUGGAGACACCAAUAAUUCCUUCGGCAGACAGUUGCUCUUGUGGUUCCUCUAGUUUGAUUGAAAAAACUCCAGACAGGACUUCAAGGUUGAAGCUCACCAGCCUUAAAUCUUAUCAAAGGAGCAGUGCUUCAAUGGCCAGAGAUCAUAGUUCGGCUGGGGAUCUGAAUGAAAACUGCAUCCUUUCCUCUUUUGAUUCACUUCGAAUAAAAGAAGAGGAUGAUGUCUGCGGAGAGGUAGAUGCUUGGAAAGAAGAGGAUGUGGGUAAAGAAGUAGAUGGAGCUAUCAGAAAGGAAUCGUUGGAUUUGCGCCCAAAGUCGUUUGGUAGUGAAUGCCUCAGUGCUUUCACACAACUUCUAAUGGUUUGCAGGCAGUCAGCUCCUGUAAAGCUUUCUGAAGUCUUCUCCACAUAUUGUGACCCAACUACCAUAAUGAAACUUGGUGAAGGAACAUAUGGAGAAGCCUUCAGAGCAGGUGAAACUGUAUGCAAGGUAGUCCCUAUUGAUGGGGACUUACUAGUCAAUGGAGAAGUACAAAAGAAAGCUGACGAAGUGCUUGAGGAAGUUUUGCUUUCCCUGACACUAAAUAGUUUAAGAGAAAAAAAAGGAGCUCAUGCAAAGAAUUUGUGCACAGGGUUUAUAGAAACAAAGGACUUCCGUGUAUGCCAAGGCGACUAUGAUGCUGACCUUAUCAGUGCAUGGGAGGAUUGGGAUGCAAAACACGGUUCUGAAAAUGAUCAUCCUAAGGAGUUUCCUGAGGAUCAGUGCUAUAUUGUGUUUGUUCUUGCUGAUGGUGGCAAAGAUCUUGAAAGUUUUGUUCUUUUAAAUUUUGAUGAGGCUCGAAGCUUAUUGGCACAGGUUACUGCUGCUUUAGCUAUCGCUGAAGCUGCAUGCGAGUUUGAACACCGAGACUUGCACUGGGGAAAUAUUCUUUUAAGUAGGAAAGAAACCACAACGGUGGAUUUCACCCUUGAAGGAAAGAAAAUGACAGUCAAGACAUUUGGAGUAACAAUAUCAAUUAUUGACUUUACCCUUUCCCGAAUCAACACUGGGGAAGCUAUACUCUUCCUUGACUUAUCUGCUGACCCUUCACUGUUCGAGGGUCCUAAACGAGACAAACAGUCAGAAACAUACCGCAAAAUGAAAGAAGUUACAGAAGAUUGCUGGGAAGACAGUUUUCCGAGGACAAAUGUCCUAUGGCUAAUAUAUUUGGUGGACAUUUUGUUGACGAAGAAAUCCUUCAAACGAACUACAAAUGAUGAAAGGGAACUCCGAUCCCUUAAGAAGCGCCUCAAUUUAUAUGACUCUGCUAAGGAUUCUCUUUCCGAUAGCUUCUUCUGUAGUCUACUGGAUCAUCAUGACACGGUGUGAAUAGGAUAUUGUCGCGGUAUCAGAUCCUCGUUGUCAGAACUCGACCAAAAAAUGUAAGUUUUAUUGUAAAAUAUGAGCGUUUGGUAAUAUAUUUGAAGAGAAUAUUUCUCUUCUUAUGUGAACAGUUCUGCGUGCACUGGUCAUGUGAGCACAGCACUCAUAUGCUUUGAAAUGCAGAUGAAGUCUUAUUGCUUAUUUAUACUAUAUAUAUGUAAAUAUAUAUGAUUUUACUAGCUCAUAUUCGGAU